CGGAGCUAUAAGGGCAGCGCGGAGCGGAGCGGGGCGCAGCAGGAGCCAUGGGGAACCGUGUCACCCGCGACGACUUCGAGUGGGUCUACACGGAGCAGCCCCACACGCAGCGCAGGAAGGAGAUCCUGGCAAAGUAUCCAGAGAUCAAGACUCUGAUGGGACCAGAUCCACAUUUAAAGUGGAUUGUAUCUGGAAUGGUUUUCAUGCAGCUGCUGGCAUGCUACCUGGUAAAAGACUUAUCUUGGAAGUGGAUUUUCUUCUGGGCUUAUGCUUUUGGAGGUUGCAUCAACCAUUCCCUGACCCUCGCCAUCCAUGAUAUUUCACACAACGUGGCCUUUGGGAACAAGCAGGCCAAGUGGAACCGAUGGUUUGCAGUCUUUGCCAACCUGCCCAUUGGCAUCCCCUAUUCUGCCUCCUUCAAGAAGUACCACAUUGACCAUCACCGGUAUCUGGGAGGGGACAGCUUGGAUGUGGACAUUCCCACAGACUUUGAGGGCUGGUUUUUCUGCACUCCACUUCGGAAACUGCUUUGGCUGUUCCUCCAGCCUCUGUUCUACAGUCUGAGACCACUGUAUGUGAACCCCAAAGCAAUUACACGGAUGGAAAUUCUUAAUGCUCUCGUCCAGUUUUCUGUAGACCUCAUCAUUUACUACCUGUGGGGGCUCAAACCUGUUAUUUACUUAAUAGCAGGUACAAUUCUUUGCUUGGGUUUUCAUCCCAUUUCUGGACACUUCAUAGCAGAACACUACAUGUUCCUAAAAGGGUAUGAGACAUACUCUUAUUAUGGACCUCUGAACUGGCUCACCUUCAAUGUAGGCUACCACAUGGAGCAUCAUGACUUCCCCAGCAUUCCUGGAUGCAGAUUGCCCAUGGUGAAGAAGAUUGCAGCAGAAUAUUAUGAUAACCUCCCACAUCACCAGUCCUGGAUUCGAGUUCUGUGGGACUUUGUUUUUGAUGACACUCUUGGUCCUUAUUCAAGGGUUAAGAGACGGUGCAAGCUGGCAAAGGAAAGCUAACGGGGUAGCUCCGCCUGCUGCCAUGGCGUGUGUUUGUUGAUUCCCAUGACUUCAGAUUUCUGCAGAAACAGAAGGAUCUUUGUGUGUGCUGAAUUAAAGUUGGUGUAUGCUGCUUAUGCCAAGAGGAUGGGUGUGAAAAUGAAGCAAUUUUAGACAACUGAUACUUUUUAAUAAGGGAUAUUUGUAUAUGUAACCCUCAGAACCCAGAUUAGAGUGAACUAUGAUGAGGUGAACCUUUGGUCUAGGCUUAGAAUUAAACUUCCUGGGACAAUUUAGGCCUAAGCCCAAGUUUUAGCUUUGUCUACAGGGGAGAAUGUUUGCUGUGUGUUAUGUGUGUGCAUGUGUGUGUGUAGUUCAGGACUGGUUUCUCUUGAUGCCAGAUUGGAAGUAGAUGCUCUGUGUGCACAGGAGUGUGGAAGCAGGGAAGACUGGCAUGCAGAAGUAAAUGAUACUCUCUGGUAGGUGAGGGUGCUUUUAGCUCAAUGUCUUGUCUAAUCCAGCAGAAAUUUUAUAUAUGCAAUGGAAUAUGUUUAUAUUUUUGUACAUCUCUAACAUUAUUUUAGUAGCUGCUAUUUGAUCUUUUUUCCAGGACUUUGUCUAAAACUUUUCUGAAUGAAUUUCUAUUCUUAGGAUCUAAUACUAUUGCUAACUGACAAAUCUGAACUGUGGCAAGGAAAAAUCCUUUCUUUAGUCUUCCACCUACUUCCUGAUCAGCAGCAUGGAUGUGCCUCUAGAGGAACUGGGUGGAAGUUUCUCACUCACAUUUUCAACAGUAUUCAUAACUUCAUGUAUCUCACCCUUUUCCCUACUGCAAGUCUUCUGGGGAAAGGAGAGGUUCUAGGUUUUUUUUUUCCUUGCCAAGACUAUUAGCAUUAGCUAAUAAUUAGCUAAUAAUGCCUAUUAGCAUUCCUGGUCACCUUUCUUGGUCUCCUCUGUAUUACACCCUUUUUUGCACAUGGCAGAUAGGAGUAUGUGUCAGUGAAGACGUGGAGAUGUCCUCAUCUCCAUGGUGGUAUUUGUUCCUAACUGCUUUCAGAAUAAUGGCAUUUUUUUUCCUCUGUCAUUCAAGGGGCACAACUUGACAUUUGGGAAACACAUGAUACUCCAGCUAUAUAAAACUGACGCUGGUGGUGUUAAGGGGAUGUACCUGGAACAUGGAGAUCAGGUCAUUUCUCUCUAUGUAUCUCUUACUUGGGGCUAUUGACAUUAACCUUCAUCUCUCAUUUCUACCCACUGGCGUACUAAAAUUUUCCUGCCUGUUCUCCAAAUAUAAACUUCUGGCUGUCCUCAAUAAUUCUGUAUUAAAAUUAUGUAUCAAAAACCUUAAACAACAUAACCUUUCUCCAAGCAGAACAAUACCUUGGGAGUUAGGAAUUCAGAUGCCAUCUAGUAAAUUCCCUCUACCAUGGAAAGCUGGCAAAAUAUUACAUUUACAUAUUACAAAAAUAUUACAAAGUGGUUAAAAGAGAGAAAUUAUUUGCCCUGUAACCCUCUAACAGUUUGGGUUUUUUUCUUCUGGAAAUCCAUGACUGUAACAAAGAAAAAUAUUAUUGUGCAGCCUCACUGGUCCCUCAAGAGCUGUGAUUAGACUUGGGAAGCCUGAUUUCCUCACUAAACAUGACUUUGUUCCUUCCUUCAGCAUCUCUGGAUCCAGUGAGCCAGUCUGUCUGCUCACUAGGCAGCUGAGCUAACCUGCAGCAAUUUGGGUUCCUCCUUCAUUUCCCCAUUCUCCAUUUUUCUCACCCAUGUGAUUUUGGCAGUUGGGUAAAUAAAUACCCAGGCUUGCUCAGCAGAUCAAGAUCAUAUGUAAUACAGGGGCUGAACACCCUUGGUUGGUAUUGGUUUAUUUACCAACACUGUUUUGUGCUUUUGGAUAAGAAGAGUAAGAACAGGGCUUCUUUCAGUACUUCAGCCUUUGCUGGUUCCUCAGUGAUGAACAUAUUUCAGACAUUAUAUCUUAAUUAUUAGAGCUGCUUUUCUCCCAAAGGAAGAGGCACUGGUGUGGGAAUUUCUAUUACCUUUGUAUCAGUGCUCAUGUCACGGAAUUUCAGUUUUUUAUUAAUUUACUUCAGAUUUGCUGGCAUUCUGAUCAUGUAUUCAACUUCCCAUGUCUUUAGCAGCUGUUCCUCAACUCUCUUGUCCAAUUUAAUAAGUUAAUAUAAAAACCACAAUAAAGAUUAUGCUAUC